AUGGUAUCAAUUUUAGCAACAGCGUUAACAACAUCAACGACCAUGCCUUCACAAUUACAACAUCACCACGAUAACGGCAUCGACGAUGAAAUUUUUACCAAACCAUCUUCAAAUACCAUUAUGGAAAUUACUAUGAAUAAUGCCAAAAAUACUCGCCAUUUUAUUAACAAUCACGAUCCGCAAAAUCACCAUCAUAACGUAUCAUCAACAAGAAAAAGUGAAGACGAAGACGCGAUGAUUGUGGAAUUUGAAAACAAAAACAAUCCUAAAAACGUCAACAACGAAAUCGUACUUGAUGAUGAUAGCGAAGAGAAUAUUAUUAAAUGUAAAAGCAACACCAACGAUAACCAUCGUAAUAAUAAUCAACUGCGAUCAUCCUCAAGAAUCUCGACUUCAUUCCCACGAAGGAAAACUUCCGUGUUGGACAUCUCGUCUCUAUUGUGUGAAUUACCUUCGGCCUCAGCCAAUUCGCCCGUUUAUGAUUCCAUUGAUGAAGAUAGUAUGGACGAUGUUUCAAGUCCAAGUCAUUUAGGUGAUACCGAAUCGUUGGGAUCAUCUCGUUCUUUCCAAAAAAGUCGUGCAUGUUCAUCGACCCCGGCAACGACCCCCCCAUAUUCUCCACCUGUCAUAUCGACAACAAUGGAGACUGAUCGAGAGAAGCCACGCUUAUUUAACAAUAACAGAGACAAUGGUUCUUCGGAUGGAAACCUUGAAAUGUCACAGCAUGAUAAAACACAACAUUAUCAUUUCAAUGAUAACCAUCGUCAACAACGUCAUCACCAAGAUGAUGAGCGAUUUGUGGGUCAAAGCAGGUUUCAUGACGAUGCCCCUUGGAAACGACCACGCAUGAUGGGUCAAGAUCAUGAUUCCAACGGGCAAUUCAUUCAUAAUCAAUCACCUUCUUCCGAUCAUGGGAAAAUUAAUUCGCAGGUCGACCAUCAUUCUUCCCAAAAAUCGUGGAAUCAUUUGGAACAAUUCGCUGCAAUUACCGAGGCCUAUCGUACAAAUUCACAUGCAGACAUCAUGGACACUGUUACUUCCACCGCGCGUCUGCCAUCUGCAUCCUCACUAACAACACCACGUCAUCACUCGCUUGAAAGUAAUCAUCGUAACUUUCAAAAUAAUAACAAUAGUAAUGCUAGUUUAUUUCAAAAUGGUCCUUUGGGCUCACCUUUAUCUACGAGAGGACAUUACGUUGCCGCUCAUCAGCAACCGAGACCAUCAUCUUAUGGUGGCAUGCACAGCCCUCAAUCUCCUAAUACAUAUCCGGUUUCUCAUCAUCAUGGAUAUUCCGUUCCUUCUGGAACCAUGGUUAAAGCUAAAAGAAAGCGUGCUAAUGCGAAUCAGUUAAAAGUUCUCAACCAAGUAUUUCAACAUACGUUCUUCCCAUCUACCGAGUUACGUAUUCAACUGGGAAAACAAUUGGGAAUGUCACCGCGUACAGUUCAAAUUUGGUUCCAGAAUAAGAGGCAAAGUUGGCGCAGCAAGUCACGAGCCACAAACAAUUCCCUCCUUAAUAAUAAUAAGGAUGGUGAUGGACAAUUGGAUGAUAAUAGCAGCCUUGAUGUUGAAGCUAAUGGAGCUGGGAACAAUGGUAUUAAUGAAAAUUUGGUUUCUCGAAGAUCUAGUAAUUCAAGUUUGAGUUGUUCGGAUGAUGAUGAAGCGGGUCGAAGAUCAAUUCCUGAUUCACCUUUGGAAAGUUCUUAUCCUCGUGGUGAUUAUUUCACUUCAAAAAGAUCUAGCGUCGAAAAUGGUAGUAUGGUUUCAAAUGGGGACGUUUCUUCCACACAAAAUUCUUUCAUGGCGCAACCUCAACAUCCUGCUGAUAAUGGGGGAGAAUAUUACAAUCAUCGAUCAAAUAGUAAUGGAGUACACGUGAUUACUGGAUCUUUACAUCAUGGUGCUUCCGGAGUAUUGACACCAACUUCUCCAUUGCCACCACCUUCUUCUUUGACGAACCAAUUACCGUCUCCUGUAUUCUCAUCUUCCUCAACAAAAUCAGUUAGUACUGAACGGUUACCCGGUUUUGCUACUUCAUUCGCACAGACGUACAAUCAAAACACCACUUCAAAAUCAACUAGUGCCAAAAAUGGUUACGAUGCGUUUGCUAAUAAUAGAUUACCCACUCCAAUAAUGGUCAAUCGACAUCAACCAUCAUCUUUUGGAUAUCAAUCAACUGUUAGCAGCGGUAUCUAG